AUGUCCGACGACGAUGAUUUCAUGCAAGACUCCGAUGCCGAGUAUGACUUCGAGUACGAAGACGACGAUGAGCCUGAGGGUGGUGAUGUGGAUGUCGAGAACAAAUACUACAAUGCCAAACAAAUGAAAGCCGACAACCCUCAAGAAGCCAUCGACGAGUUCCUAGGCGUGCCUAGUCUAGAAGAUACGAAAGGGGACUGGGGUUUCAAGGGACUCAAGCAGGCUAUCAAGCUCGAGUUCGCCCUCGCACGAUAUGAAGAUGCAGUCAAACACUACAAAGAGCUACUCACAUACGUCAAGUCGGCUGUCACACGAAAUUACUCGGAAAAGUCCAUCAACAACAUGCUAGACUAUAUUGAGAAGACGGCAUCAGAUCGGACAGCAUACCAAUGUAUGGAAGAGUUCUUUUCGCUUACACUCGACACCUUCCAGGCCACCAACAACGAGCGGUUGGCUCUCAAGACCAAUGUCAAGCUUGCCAAGCUGUAUCUGGACAAGAAGGAGUAUCAACAGCUUUCUAAAAAGGUUCAAGAAAUUCACAAAGCAUGCUUAAGAGACGACGGAACUACGGAUCCAGGCAAAGGCACCUACUCGCUAGAAGCAUAUGCCCUGGAGAUUCAGAUGUACGCCGAGCAGAAGAACAACAAGCGACUGAAAGCGAUCUACCAGAAGGCGCUGGGUGUCAGAUCUGCCGUGCCGCAUCCAAAAGUCCAAGGUGUCAUCCGAGAAUGUGGAGGCAAGAUGCACAUGAGCGAGGAGAACUGGAAGGAUGCACAGAGUGACUUCUUCGAGUCAUUCAAGAACUAUGACGAAGCCGGCUCCAUGCAGCGCAUUCAGGUCUUGAAGUAUCUGGUCUUGACGACCAUGCUUAUGAAGUCCACAAUUAAUCCUUUCGACUCACAAGAAACCAAGCCAUACCGCAACAAUCCUCGCAUCUCAGCAAUGACCGAUUUGGUCGAUGCGUACCAGCGAGACGACAUUCAUCGAUACGAAUCGAUUCUGCGGGACAAUCAAGACCUGCUCGACGACCCCUUCAUUGCCGAGAACAUCGAUGAGGUUAGCCGAAACAUGCGAAGCAAGGCUGUCUUGAAGCUUAUAGCACCCUAUUCCCGCUUUACGCUGCAAUUCGUUGCGAAGCACAUCAAAGUAUCUGUUGGAGAAGUCCAGGAGAUCCUCGGCGUUCUGAUCGUCGAUCGGAAGCUUAAGGCCCAGAUCGAUCAGAGUAACGGCACAGUAGAGAUCGCAGCUGAGAAUUCAGAACGACUGCAACGCCUUCGAGAGUGGACGUCAGCUGUCGACAGUCUUGCCACCACGAUACUGAAUGACGGGGACGGCUUCAAGAUGGCCGACAGUCAGGUCGGUCCGACGUCAAGCUCUUACGAUGCUCUCGGCGGACCAAUGGAGCAAAUGGUGAGUCGAGGUCAGAAACGAGUGGGAGGCGGCGGUCGUGGCCGGGGGAACUUCUUAUCAAAAGGCUUCGGACCAAUCUGA